AUGCAUUUCGCAAAAUUAAUUUCGCUGGGGCUUUUGCUCCUAGUUGGUGACAGCGUCGCUUCCUCGUGCAGAAACCCUCCAUUGCGCAAAGAAUGGAGAGAGCUGAGCAUCCGCGAACGUCGCGACUAUAUCGGUGCCGUUCGUUGCCUGGCUGCACGGCCAGCUGUGACUAGUCUUGAGAAUGUGGUUACGCAUUUCGAUGAUUUCCAGGCUACCCACAGUGAUCAGACCCCAAAUAUCCACUGGGUGGGUCACUUCGUCCUCUGGCAUCGAUACUACCUCGCCACAUACGAGAAGGCUCUACGAGAAGAGUGUGGUUACCGGGGCGGCCAACCCUACUGGAACUGGUCCUUGGAUGCAUCCUCAACAGACAACAGCUCCAUGGCCAUCUUUGAGACCGACGUCUUCCACCCUACCCGAGGAUUCGGAGGAAACGGCAAAUAUCUCCCGGCAAACGAGACCCAGAACCCCUUAAAUUUGACCGGCCGAACUGGUGGUGGCUGUGUUGAAGAUGGUCCCUUCACUCCCCCUAACUUCAUGCUCGCCGUCGGACAUCCUAAGGGGCAACCAGACUGCCUUCGUCGCGACUUCAUCCCAUCUAUUAUGAACUAUUUCUCACGCCAGAGUCUUGUGGACCAUGUGCUAGCCCAGCCUGACUAUACUACUUUUGCACGGGCACUUGAAAAUAUCCCUGCAUUCACCCAGCCUAACAUCCACGGCAGCGGGCAUUUCGGUGUAGGAGGCGCGCUCGGGACACUGGGUAACCAAGCUCUCAGCCCUGGUGAUCCUCUCUUCUAUCUCCACCACGGUAAUGUUGACCGUGUCUUCUGGGAGUGGCAGCAGAAGGAUCUCCCGACUCGGUACCAUCAAGUUGGCGGCCCUGUCAACGCCAUGGAUUAUUCUGGAGUAAAUGUCACUCUCGACUUCGAGAUCAACAUUGGAAAGCUUGCUCCUAAUGCUACACUUGAGAGCUUGCUUAACACCAAGGGUGGUACUUUGUGCUACAGCUACUGGAACAAGGGUAAACAUUAA